AUGGUGAUGCUGGGAAAGGGCAUUCGUGGUUUCAAACAAAGGCUUUCGAGCCGUCGGGACAAAGCCGAGCUGAACAAGGCGAUUGUGGAAGAGGAUGCGAUGGAGGAUGAUCAGUGUAACUGCAGCCGGGCGGCGGGCGAGGACGAGACCCACUCUAACAAAGAAUGCCCGAGCAAAGCGAAAAAGGGCGGCGGCGAAGCAACCAGCCCCACUCCAGGCCGUCGCGCUUUCCUCACGGAUCAGACCCCACGCCCAAUCAGGAAGCAGAGCGACAGGGUUGAUCUGGCUCAUGGCUGGUGA